AUGGAGAGUGUUCCGAAAGAGUUGAGAAAUCUCCGAGCUUGUCUGGUUUGUUCUUUGGUCAAGGUAAGAAAUUCUGACGUGAUAGAGUACUGGAGAUUUUACAGUAUGUGAGGAACGAGUUUCUGUUAUAUAACUCAAGCUGUUAUCCAUUUUUUUAUGCUUGUAAUAGGAAGUUAACUGUAAAAAUAAUUUAACUUUUUAAUAUGCUAUAUACAGACAUUGCGUUCGUUUCAGAAUCACUCUGUAAGCUUCUUUGUGAGCUUAAUUUAACUCAUCAUGCUAGCAGAGCCUCUCUUUCGCUCAAAGAGACUGAAGCAGCCUUAGUGAACUUAUCUACAUAUACUUUGUCUUAAAAGUGUAAGCACUAAUUCUUGGUUUGCAACCACGUGACAAGGCGACCAUGUUGGGGGUCAAAACGGUAGAUUUUUUCUCGCGAAGAAUUUACAUGAAAAUAGGGUUUAGUUCCCAGAGGAGAGAAAUGCUUUAGUUCUUGACCACCAACACGGCCGCCAUGGAAACCUCUCAACCCCAAAUGACCAAUAACCAGGAGAUCAAGGUCCGAGAACCUGGAAUUUUGGGGAGAAACUUGAAGAUUAUUGACAGCAUCAAAAAGAAUUAAGACCAGGUGUUCAUCAAAAUAAAGAACGGAACUGGAACUUUGUCCGAUGAAUAUUCGUCAAUUUCUGCCAUUUUGACAACGUGGAUGAAACGUAUCUAGAUGCGACAAACUGGUUAACAAUAACCUUACUUGGCAUUUGUCUAAAUAAAUAUGAUUGUGAGGUUCGUGUCUUGUCAACCAAUCAAUCAAAUAUGACAAACAUUCCUUAGAACUGUGGAUUUCUACAGAAUUGGCGCCAUGAAAUCAAUUGUACAAGGCAAAAAUGAGAAUAUUCAAGGAAAGUGUAUACCAUCAGCUUGUGACUCUGUUUAUAGUGAGAUUUUUGUGCCUCAUCAUGAGACUGUAAGAUUCCCCUGAAAAUCGUGUCUCUAACUACAAAACCUCAGGUAUUAAUGGCAUGUAAGUAUGUUAUGUAAAAUCCAACUUGCGGUACCUUUUUCGGGCUGUUUUAUUGCCAACCAUAGUAAAUGAAUCUGUUUUGUUUACAGACCCUUGAGCAGUUUGAAUAUGAUGGUUGUGAAAAUUGUGAGAAGUUCUUGAGACUAAAAAACAACAAAGAAAACAUUCUAACUUGUACAAGUGCAAACUUUGAUGGGUAAGUUAUUGGUAAUAAUAAGAUAUAAUUUAAAUGGUUUGAACUGAGCUCGUGGAAAUUUUCAUGUCAAGGUGCCUACUGUCACAUACAUAUGAACCCUUGAGAUUUUAGAGAUACAUUGUAGUGAACCCUGCUUACACUGUUUGUAGUUGUCUCUUGUUUCCUCAGUUCCCUCUUCCCUACACUGUCACUCACAUGGCACCAUUCUUUAUCAUGGUACACAGAGGCCUGGAGACCGUAUUCCUUUAAAUGAUUUAAUCCUUGAAACUCUUUGAAUUUGGAGAAGCAAAGCUUGAAUUUUAUUAUAAACAAGAACGCUCUAAAAGCAUAUAAGUCUCUUUUGCUUGGAGAUAGAUAAGAAGAGGAGGCGAUUUAUUCUACAUGAAACAGGAUUUCCUUGCUAAGGUUUUUCACUUCCUUGCCUAUGAUCGAGUCAUGAAUAAGUAAAUAAAAAUCGAGAGAAGUUACAUCAUUGCAAGAGAGAAAAAUAGUCCUCUGGGAGGACAUGAGCUUACAAUAGACUUAAUGAAGAAAAGGGCAAUGACGGGUACCUAUGGUGCGAAGCAUGAACGUUUAACACGAUGUGCUACAAGGAUUAUUAUUUUCCAAAGAGAAAAUUUAAAUUAUUUAAUAGUUUGUAUCACUCAGGGUACCUUUUUUUUUCAACACGUUUGUUUGCUGUGUGUUAUCUGGAAAACGUACGUAACGAAACAUCACGACUAGUGACAACGAACCGAAUCCAUAAAAAAACCACAUGCUUGCAAAACAAAAUCGUUCUUCAAGGUAGUCACGUUGUGCAGUGACUGCCAAAUUGAAGGCCACAGGCAGAGUUAAAACUUCUACAGAAAUUCUGAGUUUGGCCAGAUUAAUUUCUUUGCUAUUUCUGUACAUUUGUAAUUGCUUUAUGUGUUGGGUGACUUCAUUUAAAGUUGGUUUUUUAUCUUCCCCUUGCUUGUCACCUUCCUCGGGGUUGCAAUUUUUACAUGUGCUUAGGUAAUUGCUCACUUUACUAUUCAUGUGGAAAAUGAGGGAUGACUGGUUGUUAAUUCACAGAUAAGACGGAAAAAUAUACAUUUCCUCCUUAAAUUGUUUAUUAAUUUUGCACCUCAAGCAGGGGUGUAAGGAUAGAAGGCACAAUAACCCAUUCAACAAUUGAAUGGUUGUUCAGACAUUGGAUAGCACUAUCCACUUGAUAAAUCACUAUCCAGCAGAUUAGUGUAAGGAAAACCACUAUGUCUUAUUGUGCUAUCUACUGGAUAGAGAUUUAUAUAGUGGAUAGCAUAAUCCACUUUUGAACAACUGGGGCCAGGAUUUAGUUACCUUGUAGCCUGAGGUUUCAUUAGGGUUAGGGUUAGAAAAUUAAUAUAAACCACUUUUUUAGUCAUUAUUUCACUCAGAUUCUUUGAGGAUCUCAACUAACUUCUUUAUAUUUAUGAAAUCACUCUCUUGCCCAGCUAAUUAUACCAGGGCCAUGACUGUGACUAGGAAGAGGCAUGUUACUGUUUUGAAUUGUAUUCUUUUUACUGUGCUUAUAUAGACAAGAGUGUUUAGCAACAGCUCAGAGAAAACAAGACAGUUUACUUACUUAUACCUUGUUUGACAGGAUAAUAUCGCUUAUGACUCCAAAUGACAGUUGGGUGGCCAGGUGGCAGAGAAUAGGUAUGGAUGCUUUAUUUGUUAUUGUUUUAGAAUUUUAUAUAAAAACUUAUCCAAUCUCAUUCCCAGGGUCUUCUCUCUUCCUCCCUUGAGAAAGGACUCUUGUUGUGGCUAGUCACUCAGCUCUCAAAAUCUGGGAGCUGGGUGUCGUGGGAAAGUGCUUUAAGGCUAGAGAUGAUGGCUUCCUUAAGAGCGGAAGAGAGGGGACCCCGGGAAUAAGGUCGAGCCCUCUCUCUCCCCACCUUGCAGCAUAGACCUUUAGUCCUUGCCCCAGCACCUAGCAAACAGAUGUACUACUAAGUGCUUCAUUUUUCAUGUUCUUGCAGUGUGUGCUUUAUUUGUUGUAAUGUUUAAAAAUCAGGACAAAAUUUUCUAGCAUUAGUAUUUAUCUUUCAUAGACACAUUAGCAAGAGGAUGCUAUGCCAUAUCUGUGAGCGGUAAACUUCCAGGGCAUGUAGUACGGGAACUCAAAGCUAGAGGAGUAACUUACAAAUCAAGAGACAGAACUAACCAAUAA